AUGAAGUUUGUUUCCAACCUCCUCAUAGCCGUAUCCGCUUCUUGCGCCCUGGCAGCACCAGGCCCAAGACGACGACACAUCAGCGGCCCCUAUCCUUUAACCAAAGACUCCACCAAUCUUGCUGGUCGCCAGAACGUCCAACAACCUUGGGCCGGUGCUGUCCAAGAAGGCGAAGGCUUCGGCUACGUCACCGGCAUAGUCAAAGUGCCCAGCAUCACCGGCCAGCCAUCUAACUACGCUGUCUCAGCGUGGGUGGGCAUCGACGGCAUGAACUGCCGGAACGCCAUUCUCCAGACGGGCCUGAGCUUCUACGGCGACGGCAGCAUCGACCCCUGGUACGAGUGGUGGCCCGCCUGGUCUUAUACGUAUGCGAACCCUGCGUUUCGCGUAUCUGCCGGCGAUGAAGUCCGCAUGACGGUAAAUGCCUGGACCACCACCUCGGGGAACUCUACGCUGGAAAACCUGACGACGGGCCAGACGGUUGUUCAGACGUUUUCUAACCAGGCGGCUCUUUGUAAUACUGAUGCCGAGUUUGUGCUGGAGGACUUUGGGGACGGCAAUGGAGGCCAUGUGCCGCUGGUUAAUUUUGGCGAGAUUGACAUUUAUAAUACUUCUGCGUAUGGGAGGAAUGGGUGGGUGAAUGCCCAAGGAGCCAAUAUUGUGAAUCUUGAGAUUGAUGGCAGGGUACGAUCGAGCUGUGGUUCAAACGCUAAUGGUGUUCGAUGUGACUAUCUUUCGUAG